UUAAGUUUUUGAGUUGUUACUUAAACACAUGAAUAGGAAUAGAAUUUUUCCGUUGGAAGUUGUCACUGUAACUUGCUUUCACUUUACUGAAACCUGAGAAGACAAGUUCCAUCUUCACUCUUCCAACAAUAAUAAGGGUGAGAUUAAGAGGUUUAGUCAUUGAUGGCAAUUUCAGUUUCUCGGGCUAUGUCAAAGGGUGUAGUGAUGACGGUGCCUGUUCUGAUUCUCACUGUUUCCGUGGCUGCUAUUUUUCUGUUCUUCCUAUUGUCGUCUCUAUCUUCUUGCUCAUGCCCUUCACAACAACCUUUAGCCACCCCUGUCAACAAUGCUAGGAACGUUGAUGUUGGUUCAUCCGAGUCUAGCAAAGGUAAUGGUUUUAUAGCAACGAGAAAGGAGGAUGUUGAGUGGGUGAAAAUUCAAAUUCAAGCAAAUGGGAUUCAUAUGCAAGAGAAUGUGCUCCGCAAGGGUAUUAACCCUCGUACAAGGGCUCAACAACUUGAGGAUCUUAAACAAUUUAAGGGCAUAUCACACUAUGAGGGAACUGACUCAAAUAAUCACACAACAUUUCCAUGCCCCGGAGGACUUCUAGUUGAAGAGCACCAUAGUAACUACGGUGAACCUUGGGCAGGUGGAAGGGAUGUGUACGAGUUUCUUGCUCAAGCCAUUCAGCUCAGACCAGACUCACAGGUGCUUGAGAUAGGGUGUGGCACGCUUCGAGUUGGUUUGCAUUUCAUUCGAUAUUUAAAUCCCGAACACUUCCAUUGUCUUGAAAGGGACGAGCUUUCUCUUAUGGCUGCAUUUAGGUAUGAGCUUCCCGCCCAAGGCCUCUUACAUAAACGGCCUUUGAUAGUUAAGGGCGAGGACAUGGAUUUCAGUAAGUUUGGUUAUGGCGUAACGUAUGAUUUGAUUUACGCCAGUGCUGUGUUUCUUCAUAUGCCUGAUAAACUUGUAUGGGUCGGACUGGAAAGAUUAGCAUCUAAAUUGAAACCAUUUGAUGGACGAAUCUUUGUAUCACAUAAUAUAAAGUUUUGUUCAAGGUUGGGAGGAGAGGAAUGCACAAAGAGGCUUAUGAGUUUAGGACUUGAGUAUCUUGGAAAACAUACACAUGAUAGUCUUCUAUUCAAUCACUAUGAGAUAUGGUUUGAAUUUAGACGGUCAAAGAUUUAAAGUUCGGAUAGAUUCUUCUUCGAAAAAGCAUGAGAUAUAGCUUUGAAUGACCUCAAGCCACUAAUUUGUUCUGCUCAUUGCAACAAUUCUUCAGCAACUUUAUGAUAUUCUUCUUGCUUCAGUUGAGAGAGUUGUCAAUUUUUUCUACUCGGGUGGUUCAUCGACUGGUGACAGAAAAGAGAGACGGGGUCAUUUGUAAUUUUGAUCGAUAUCUGUAUUAUAUUUUGGGAUCCUCUUCUAAAAGGGUUAGCUACUUACUUAGCUUAAUAUAUAUAGUAUUUCUUAUUUAUUGUCUCUCUAGAAUUGUAGAUUAUGAUAUGAUUAGCUCAAUUUGGCAGAUAUUAUCAUGCAACUGAUUGCUAUUUUGACAAUUAUUAUGCGGAAAUAGAUGUCGUCUAACACAUGUAACAAUGUAAUGGUGUGAUACCUUUAACUAUUUAUAUUGUUUCAAAUUGAUAUUCAUGAUUGGUGCCCAAA